AACUUUGUCAGUGCUAUUUUAGUGCUAUCAGUGGUCUUGGCCUCCACCUUGACGUCACUGAUAAGCUCUCUCGGAAGAGUAUCAGUGAGUAUCACUCAGUCUCACCAGUCUACCAUCAAAGGAGAGGUUCAGUCGCUGAAGUCCUCCGCCGAUCCUACAGCUCCGCAGCACAUUCCAAGAUGCCUAUCCAGAAGAUUCAUGCCCGCCAGAUAUUUGACUCCCGUGGUAACCCCACUGUUGAGGUGGACCUGGUGACUGAGCUGGGGUUGUUCCGAGCAGCCGUUCCCUCCGGGGCAUCUACUGGUAUCUAUGAGGCCCUGGAGCUGAGGGAUGGAGACAAGAGCAGUUACCUGGGCAAGGGUGUGCUCAAGGCGGUCGGCAAUAUCAACAAUGAUAUCGCUCCUGCCCUCCUCAAGGCUGGACUGGAGGUGACUCAGCAGAAGGAGAUUGAUCAGUUCAUGCUGAAGCUGGACGGUACAGAGAACAAGUCCAAGUUUGGAGCCAAUGCCAUCCUUGGAGUGUCUUUGGCCGUUGCCAAGGCAGGGGCAGCCAAGAAGGGUAUUCCGUUGUUUAGGUACAUCGCAGAGUUGGCCGGUAACAACAACAUUGUCCUGCCUGUGCCUGCCUUCUACGUCAUCAACGGAGGCUCUCAUGCUGGCAACAAGCUGGCCAUGCAGGAGUUCAUGAUCCUCCCCACCGGUGCUAGCUCGUUCACGGAGGCCAUGAAGAUGGGGUCGGAGGUGUACCACCACCUGAAGAAGGUGAUCAACACCCAAGUUCGGGGCUAUCUGGACGCGACUGCUGUGGGAGAUGAAGGUGGAUUCGUCGCCCCCAACAUCCUGGACAACCACGAGGGACUGGCUCUCAUCCAGGAGGCCAUCAAGAAUGCCGGUUACACUGGCAAGAUUGAUAUCGGAAUGGAUGUUGCUGCCUCCGAGUUCCACAAGUGAGUACCUCACUGAGUAUCCUC